GUAAGGUACAUAUUUGACAGGAAAUUCAAUCUUUCAAAGAACAAAACCUGCAUUCAUCAUAACAGAACCAAAACCGAACCCUUUUUUCAAAUAAUACAGAUCACGACAUUGUAUUGAAGUUAUGCAUUUUCUAAUGGCAGUGGUUUUGUUACUUCAAGUUGUUUCGCGCGUCAUAGCGGAGCAAAGAUCAUUCAAGGGGGCCAUUUACACGUUCAAGGAUAAGUACUUUGUUGCGGGAAUAUCUCAUCAGGUUGCAAGGUUGCACUCAGCCUUAGAUUGCGCACAGGUUUGUCUCAAGGACAACAAGUGUUUAGCCGUAACGUUCUGCGAAAAAAGCAAUGAGAUGCCCUUUCCUGGGUGCCUUCUUCACACGAUCGGAGUUAAAAAUGGCGACGGUAGCGACACCAACCUUACUGAUAGGCCUGGAUGUUCAUUUUACCAAUUUGCUGAUCUGGAGGAGGAAUGUUCGCGCAUUACGUGUCUAAAUGGCGGAUUGUGUAAAUAUGACAACUCAAUGGGAGGGACAGGAUGCGUUUGUACUCCAGAAUACAGUGGAGAUUAUUGCCAACAGAGAAAACCUAUCUACUAUGUAUUUACAACACUGAAUGGAAAAGGGAAAAAUGGACCAGACAACACAGAUCAAUACAAAGAUACAAUGUUAAACAUAGUAACACUUGCAAGUGGCAGGCAAAUUUGGAGUGUUCCUCACACAGGGAGAUACCAUAUGGAAAUCUGGGGUGCCUGUGGUGGUGACUCAACUACAAACGGGGGGCCUGGGGCAAAGGUCUAUGGCUUUUAUCAUCUGGAAGCUGGAAAUCAUCUUGAAAUAAGUGUUGGCCAAAGAGGUCUUAGUAGUAGUACUGGUGGUGCAGGCGGUGGAGGAGGGAGUUUUGUCUUGUUUGCCAACAGAACCAUCAUUGCUGUGGCAGGGGGUGGGGGAGGCGGGGCUGGGUACUUGUCGCAGCAAUCUGGAGAUGGCGGCCAGACUACACCAGGGGGGAGCUGGUAUGGCGGUCAAUGGGGGAAAGGGGGAAAGGUGGUUUCAGGGAAUGAAUCAACAAAAGCAGGGGGUGGGGGUGGGCUCCUUGAAAAUGGAAUGUGUUGUACAACACCAAACUGUGAUGGUACGAGACAUCAAGAGCAAUGCGACCAGGGAGGGAAAUCCAGAAAUUUGGAUCUCUUAGGAGGGGAUGGCUUUAACCAUGGUGGAGAUGGAGGAUUUGGAGGGGGAGGGGGAGGUGGGGGUAAUUACCCUGGGGGAGGGGGUGGGUACUCAGGAGGAGGAGUGUUUGCAAAGACUGUUGGUGGUAUAGCAGGAGGGGGAGGGUCCUACAAACCAUCUGGAUUUUCUGCCGCUCCAGGCGUCAAUUGUGGUGAUGGAAAAGUUAUUAUCACAUACUUUGGGUGAUGAGAGCCGGGGGACGUAUAACUGGCAAUUUAUCUUUCAUAUAAUCAUCCCCAGACAUGACCCAUAACGUCCCCCCCCCUAUUACAGAUAAAAACAGCUUUUAUGUUUGAAGUAUUGUAUAUUAAUGGAGAAUUAAAAGGAGAACAAACUC